AUGAAUCACCUACCCCGACUAUCAGAGGCAGUCUAUGUAGGACUGUGCCGUGAAGUAGGGAGUCCUACCGAAGUGAGGAUGAGGAGAGAAGUAAUGGACACUGUGGAGGUUGUGAGGAAUUCUGUUCGCAUGAAAAGGGGAUUACACACAAUGAAGAGUGGAAGUAGGGGUGAGGGAUUCAGAAUGAGGUCUUCAGAUCUAGAUUACAUGUUCUGGUAUCCAAACCACAAGGUAAUCUGUGAUCUCUCUCAGAUAAGUCUCUAUCGUAUCCCACAGCAGAGUAUGAUUCUCAUGGAGUGUGAUGAUUUACCAAAUGGAUUUACCAGAUUAAAUCUGUUGAGUCCAUCAUGUUUUGCAAAAGUUAUUUCCUCCUGUGUAGUAAUGAAUAACAAAGUAUGCAUUUCAAGUAUAUUAUUCAGGGAUAAGCAUUUGCAAUUAUUAAAGACCAGCAAUAUCGCCGUCACCUCUGUUUUUCCUCAUGGGCCUUGUUCUACACAUUCCGAAUUUCAAGGUUUAGAGAUAGACUAUGUGUUCUGCUUGCGGUCACAUCACUGGCCAAAAAAUGCAUUACCAUGGAUACAGAGAUGUCGUGAACAAGGUUGGCCAGUCGGGAAUGUUUUAUCAGAUAUAUUGAGGGAAGGAUUCCAUGUUGUUCCUAUCGGCAGUAAACCUGAAAAUGGACUAGAAUGGAGAAUUUCAUUCUCACUAGCAGAACAAAAACUUACUCACUCAAUGAAUCACUGUCAGUUUUUGUGUUACGGUCUCUUAAAAUUUUUUCUGAAAGAAGUAAUCAAUUGUCAGACAAAGACAUCCAUUCUUUGCUCAUACUUCAUAAAGUCAGUUGUAUUUUGGGUAAUUCAGAGCAAUACUUUUGUAAUUUGGACACCUGAUAACCUUUUGUAUUGUUUCUGGGAAUGCUUUAAAUUAUUGAUAUCCUGGGUACACACUGGAGUAUGUCCAAACUUUUUUAUUCCACAAAACAACAUGUUUCGACUGAAAGUCACCGGUUCUGCACAAACGUCCUUGUUCCGUCAGUUGUAUGACUUGUAUUGUAAGGGGAUAUCAUGUCUACUAUUAAGUGAAACAGUCAGACCUUACCUCAGUAUCGCCAUUUCAAACAGAACACUGAGAGCUUGUCUAGACGAAAGCAGUAUUAUAUCUAGCAUCAAGCUAGAUAUUAACUUAUUCAAAGAAUUAUCAGUACUUAAUAUAGAAACUAAGAGAGCUGAUGACUUCGCUGUUUACAUGAAACUAAUAGAGAGAAUGCCUAGGAGAGGGUUGACAGAAUAUCAGACAGUCACAUUACAAUAUUUGUCAUCAAUUGUGUUACGGAACACGGCCAUGUUCUUACAGAGUAGUAUAUAUCAAAAUGAAAAUAGCAAUAGGGCAAGUUAUAAAGGCAAUAAAGUAUCCGCAUUACUAAAACAGUCGUGCACGUUUGGUUGUUUAUCUGAUAUUUUGUAUCUUGCAAUGUACUUCUACAGAAAUCGUAGAUAUGAAGAUUCACUAAGGUGUUUACAUAUAGCACAGCAGAGGAUGUCAUUGCCGUAUAUUACGUAUUGGGAUCAUGUUAAUGUAGAUGUGUACGGACACUGUAUGGUAAGGAAUACUCUAGGUACUAAGAUAAGGAGAGCUCUUGUGGAAGAUAUUGCACUUUACAUGGAGUACACUUACUUUGAUGAACUAGUGUUAGAGCAGGAGAUAGGCAGGAAUAAUGAGAGAUCACUACUAUUGAUACCACCCAUAGUGAUGUUACACAUGCUGUUAUUUCUAAAUCACCACCGACUAGGUGACACCAUCAGGUCUCAACAAUCAUUACUAGAUCUACAGGCUUUGCUGCUCCGUGAUGUCGGAGUUCAUAUACCUCGUGAAUUCAGAGACGUUUCAUGGCAAAUACUGGGUAUCUGCAAACAAAUCUGUGGAGACUAUUCCGGAUCUCUUCAGUCUUAUCAAUAUUCCUUACAACAGGAACCAUUUCACAGGAUUCAGAAAGCAACAUUGUUAAGAAUAAACACACUUCCACAUGUAGCAAUAUGA